GACUUGAUAGAUACAACAAAGAGCUAUAUCUAUUACCCAUAUGGAAAAUUAUUAAAAUAUGUAUAUGCUCCAACCAUAUUAUUUGUUAAUAUAUUAUAGUUCCUUCCUGGUUCAUCCUCCCUCCCUCCCUCCCUCUUCUUUCCAUCCCUCCCCAGAUCCACACUUCCCUCAUUCAACCUAGGGUUUACUUACAGUAGUUUCUCUACACAUAUAUGUACACCUAUAGUUAUAUUGUUAUGUAUAACACAUUCCAAUCCUCCUCACAGAUGAAGAACGACAACGACGAUCCAACUCCAACUCCAACUUCAAGAUCUGUAUCCAUUGGUAGUAGAUCUUUUUGCUUCAAAAUUUAGCAUCGGCGUUUUUCGAUCUCUCUUCAUCUCCAUCAAUGAAGCCCUCUGUGAAGCCUCUCUUCGCUGUUCUGCUUCUGAUUGCCUUGGUAGUCACUCUCAGCUGCCGAGUCAGCAUUAGCCUUCGAUUUAACUCCGCCGUGGCCGGAAAACCUGCGGUGGUGGUGUUGAAUGUGACGCUGAUGAAAUUGGCGGAGGUUGAUUUGGGGGAUGUGCAGAUGAAGAAAGAUAUCGAGCAGUUGUUGGAGGGGAGUUUCGGGAAUCAAGGUCGUCACAGGUCGUUUCUCUCCUCGGGAAGCAGCAGCUACAAUCGCCUCGACGAUGACAUUCGAGCGAGGACGGCCAGGGGGAUUCCGGUUCAGAUCCGGUCGCCGGAGUUUUACCGGGCGUGGUUGGAGUUCCGGCGUCACUUGCAAGAUUGGUGGCGGAACAGGCGGUUUCACCCGGACAUCUUGUCGGAGCUCGUCGGUCUUGUUAGGGUUCCGAUUGAUAGCCACAAUAGGACGUACUCGUCUUGUGCUGUGGUAGGGAACAGUGGGAUUUUGUUGAAGAAUGAGUAUGGUGAGUUGAUUGAUAGUCAUGAAUUGGUUAUUCGAUUGAACAAUGCGAGGACUGGUCGUUUUGAGCGCAAUGUUGGUUCGAAAACGAGCAUUUCGUUCGUUAAUAGCAAUAUAUUGCAUUUGUGUGCUCGAAGACAGGGCUGUUUUUGCCAUCCUUAUGGUGAAAAUGUUCCAAUGGUUAUUUAUACUUGCCAACUUUCCCAUUUCUUGGAUUACACACUCUGUAAUUCUUCUCACAAAGCCCCUUUGGUAAUUACAGAUCCUCGGUUCGAUGUGUUGUGUUCUCGGAUUGUGAAGUAUUACUCUUUGAAACGGUUUGUUGAGGAGUCGAACAAGCCUCUAGAACAAUGGAGCUCUGCCCAUGAUGGUCUUAUGUUCCAUUACUCUUCUGGUAUGCAAGCUGUGAUGCUUGCUUUGGGAAUUUGUGAUAAAGUUAGCAUAUUUGGGUUUGGGAAAGUGGAUUCAGCUAAGCAUCAUUACCAUACGAAUCAGAAAGCUGAACUGGAUUUACAUGACUAUCAAGCAGAGUAUGAUCUUUAUGGUGAUUUGGUCAACAGACCGCAAGUAAUACCGUUCAUCUCGGAUAAGUUCAAGUUCCCAUCCGUGGUAAUGUAUCGAUGACAUUUUCUUCACACGCAUUGAAACCUUUUGAUUCUGUGGAAAUUCCACUUGAAAAGUUUUCCGUUCAUGUUCUACUAGUAGCCUCCAGUGAGAUGAAGAUAUUGACAAACACUGUUGAAUUCUGUUCUAUUUGUAGACCCAAUACCAUAAAAAAGAUGUUACUUGAUGUAAAAUUGAAAUAGAGGAGAUGCAUUCUUGUAUGCUUUUGUUCGUUA